AUGACUCAGAUUGAAGAGUUAUUUACUAUUGAUCUCGAAGGUGAGGAGGCAAGUCAUUAUGAAAAUCAAACUGAAGAGAGUAGACUUGAAUAUGAAGUAGAUAAGAUCAGUCAAGAAGAUGGAAAGGUAAUUCAAAAAAUCAGUGAUGAUGAGGUCAAAAUUAACGCAUACAAGAGUGAUGUAAAGUCUGAUGGCGAAAUAAUUGAAGAUGAGGAUGAAGAAGAGAGCCAGAAUGAUAAAUAUCAGUAUCAAGAUGAUGUUCAGGACGAUUUAGAUAACAGGAGUUCUUACAUUUUUAAUUUUGAAUUAAAUAAUAAAAAACUAAUUGAAAAAGUCAAAAAUUUACAGGACAAUGAAUUAGAAAGCGUUGUUAGUGUGGAGUUAUGGAAUUUAUACAAAGAAAUGGGGCCAAAUAUAUGGCCAUCUUUUUUAAGAUAUGAGAACCCACCAAAACAUGUGAAGAUGUUGGAAUCAAGAUUUUAUUUGAAUAACAAAUCUGGAAAAUCAGACCAGGAAGUCGUGUUUGCCAAUAUUAAAGACAAUUGUAACUCACUAAAUAAUGUAAAUGUAUACGAAGAAAACUACCUGUCUCAUAUUAAUGAAUUAUUAAAGGAGUUAUCUGAGAAGAAGGGAUUUUAUUCACGUAUUUUUGAUGAUGAACAAAAUACGAGAGAUGGUUUAAUUAAUUUAUAUCUGGUAACAAAUGGUAUUAAAAAAAGUACAACUAGUGGUAGGUGCCAAUUUUGUGGGUGUUCUAAAUGUGAUAGAAAGGCUAAAAACUGUAAAGCUAAUAGGUGCUUUAAAUGUUUGCUUAAGGGGCACCAAAUAAAAAACUGUGAUACCAAGUAUGGUUAUUUUAAUCAACAACUACUAUUGCCAAUUAGAAUGGAAAGGGAAAAUGUUUUUACUGAAAGAAACCUAAUUGAAAACUUAUUCAACUUUUCCAAAAGAAGAAAAUUUGAUAUACAAAUUAAUAAUUCUAAAUUUUGUAUUUGCUUGAAUUGCAAUCAAACUGGACACAUUAAUUGUAGUAGACAAGUUCCAAUGUUUUCCAAAGGGUCUAAGGUUAAAGAUAUGAUUUCAUCAUCAGAAAACAGAUUCCUCAUUUUCCCAGAAGAUUCUAGUUCCGUAAAUCAAAGCAACAGAAAUCAGUAUUUAAAAACUAAUAUUAUUAUCCCGAGUAAUAAACUUUUUAACAUUUCUUAUCUUUUGGAGUUUACCAAAAGUACUCGAAACCAAAAUAAUGCUCAAGUUAAAAUAGUUGAUGUUAAACAAGAUAAGCCAUUUUUUAUCACUCAUAAUAACUUUGAACAAAUGAAUGGAAUUUAUCCACAAAACCAAAUGCAUUUUCAUCAUCCCACACAAUUUAACAUUCACAACCACAAUAUUAAUAUGCAACAGCAAGUCAACACCCAAACUUAUUCUUAUCAAAAUCCGAAUAUUCAAUAUCAACACUUUCAGAAUAAUCAACAAUUUCAAACCCACAUAUUUCAUCAAAAUCCUACUUACAGCCACCAAAACCAACUACAUGACCAGCUAUACCAUUAUAACCGGCCAGUUAGCAAUCACAUCAAUAUCGGUUUUGCACCAAAUCAAAACAAUACCGUCUACUCCAGUUCUAUAGUGCAAAUUAAAAGAGCUAACGAUGCCCCCAAUAUUAGAAGAAAAGGGUUCAAUUGCGGUUCUAAUUUCAGAGGCAGGAAAAGAUAG